CCCGCCCUCGUUGUUUACGACUGGCCCCCUCGGUCUGAGCGAUGUCCCUGACGUGUCCUUCAUGUGCAGCUGGAGAGAUGCGCUGACCCUGCCGGAGUCCCUGCCCCAAGGUUCUGAGGUGAGGUUGGCAGGGAGAGCCUUGGUGGCUGCAGGGUGGGUGCCGUCCCUUGGCCCCCCUAUCCUAGCAUUCACACCAGUUGGCAGGAGUACAGAGUCGGGUGGCAUUGGCACAAAUCUGCUAAGACACAGGCUGAGCCAGAAUCCCCUCCUUUGGGGACCUGGGAUGCCCUGCCAUCCGCAGAGGGUUUACUGAGCGGGAGCUGUUGGCCCCCAUCUUUUCUUUCUCUAUUUGUUCAACAGAUACUCACUGAACAGCCCCUACUAUGUGCCAGGUGCCUUAGCAGGCCCUGGGAAUCCGGAGUGAGUAAGUCAGAUGCGCUCCCAGCCCCGUGGAACAGAGUUAGGUUGAGUGAGAAUAGACAAGUGAAUAGACCAAAGGAUAAAAUCAUUACAAAGUGAGAACAGCUCUGAGCGAAACCAGAAGGAUGCCGAAACCGUACAGUAGGGGUGAGGUGGGGAGGGGAGGGGAGAUCUGGGACACGAAGGACGCCAGCUCUUUCCCCGGACGCCUAAGCCAUCUGGCUGCCACUUGGAGACAGGCUGGUUAAGGAUUACGCCCGGUAGAGGCAAGUGGGCGAGGAAUUUAAGAGACGCUGGCAUUGGGCAGGAGGGGCUCCCUUGACAAGGAAGGGCUUAUGUCAGAUCUGCCCCUGCGGGAGCCUUGCUCGCCUGCCUGCUGCUCUUCCGUCCCCAGGUGUGGAGCUGAGCUGUCUCAGGCCAGCCCCGCAGUGGGAUGGAGCAGCCUGUGGGCGUCCCAAAACACGGCGCCGCACGUGGCCAAGGGCCUGCUCUGGGAGCCGGACACCCCUGGGCCGCUGCCCUUGCUGCCUCCUGGUCCCGAUCCCUGGGACCCCGGUGUGACUGCCCAGGAUCUGCUUUUCCGGGGAGGUUACCAGUUCCGUAGACAGCCCCAAGCCGUGCUGGACGUUAGUGAGCAGCUCAGCCGGUUCUUGUGGGACCAUGGGGACAUAGCCUUUGCACCCCUGGGGAAGCUGAUGCUGGAGAAUUUCAAACUGGAGGGAGCACGGAGCCGCUCUAAGAAGAAGACAGUGGUCAGCGUGAAGAGGCUACUCCAGGACCUCGGUGGACACCAGCCCUGGGGCUGUCCCUGGGCUUACCUCAGCCACCGCCAGCGCCGGUUCUCCAUCCUUGGGGGCCCGAUCCUCAGCACGUCGGUGGCGAGCCUCCUGGGGGAGCUGCUGCAUGAGGAGCUGGCCCUGCGGUGGGAGCAGCUGCUCCUGGACGACGCCUUCACUGGGGGCGCGCUGGCCUGGGUGCCCGGCAGGACGCCCGGGUCUGGGCAGCUGGUCUAUCCUGCAGGAGGCGCCCUGGACAGGCUGUACUUCCAGAAGGUCAACCUGACCCCAGGCAGUGAACCCCGGGUUCUCGGAGGCCCUGGCCAUAUCCGGCUCCGGGGACCUGUCCGGCAGGUGGUGACCCGUACUGUGCAGGGAGAAGCUCUGCUGGCUGUCCGCUCUGACUACCACUGUGCCCUGUGGAAGGUCAGUAAGCAGGGGCAGCCGGCCCCUCUCCAGGUGUUGCAGGUCGAGAAGGGGGCCACAGGGAUCAGCCUCAGCCCUCACCUGCCUGGAGAGCUGGCCAUCUGCAGCCGUUCCGGAGCCAUCUGUCUGUGGACUCCCCAGGACGGGCUGCAGCAAAUCUACAAGGACCCCGAGACCCUUGUGUUCCGGGACCCCUCUCCCUGGCGUUGGGCAGACUUCACCGCCCACCCUCGAGUGCUGACUGUGGGUGAUCGCACCGGAGUGAAGAUGGUGGACACUCAGGGCCCGCAGGGCUGUGGUCUGCUGCUUUUUCGUGGAGGGGCAGAAGCGUCAUGCCAGAAAGGGGAACGGGUCCUGCUCACCCAGUACCUGGGGGAGUGCGGCCCCGAGUGUCUGCACCCCACGCUCCACCUCAUCUGCACCCAGUUCUCGCUCUACCUGGUGGAUGAGCGCCUCCCCUUGGUGCCCCUGCUGAAGUGGAACCACGACCUCCCCUCUGCGCCCCUGCUGGCCCGGCUGCUGCCCCCGCCCCGCACAGGCCUCCCGCGGCCGCUGCUCCUGGCAGGCCAGGGUGGGGAGCUGCAGCUGCUGCACAUCGCAGGAGAGGGGGCCUCCACACCCCGGCUGGCAGGGCCCCCCCAGUCUCUCCCUUCCAGGAGUGACUCCCUCUCUGCCUUCGCCCCACUGGAGCCCAAGAGUCAGUGGCGGCUGCAGGAACGUCUGACAGCACCAGCCAUAGGUCUGGCCGCCGCCAUCCCACCCUCCGCUAACACACCGGUGCUGUCGCUCUUCCAACUUUCGGCGGCUGGAGACGUCUUCCACCAGGGCCUCCACCUCCAGGCAGACCCCGGGCCUGACUCUCCUGCCCCCACGGCUUCCUGGACCCCCCAGGCCACUGCCUCCUGCAGCCGGUGGCUGAAGGCCCUGCUGGAGGUGCCCCCGGCUCCCCCCGUGUGGGCUGCACCCACCUUCUCCCACCGCCGCCUGCUGGGCUGCUUUGAGCCUCAGAAGGCAGAGAGCAAAGCGCCAGAAGGUCUCCGCACGGCCAUGGCCAAAGGGCGUCUCCUGCAGCUGAGGGACCUGGGCUUGCUCCCCACGGAAGAGCGGGCCCCAGCCCCCGAGCCAGGCCCCGAGGACGAGCUCAGCGAGCGUUUGGAGGCAGCCUGGGAGGGCCAGGCGGCGGCCUGGUGGGAGAGGCGGCGGGGCAGCAGCCUGGGGCCCGGCAAACAGCCCAAGCGGCACAAGCGCCGGACUCAGCUGUCCAACACCUUCUCCUCGCUCAGCGGCCGCUUAGACCUCUCAGACGCCGCCAGCCCCCCUCCCAGCCCAGAGCGGACACUCCCUGCGGCCAGGCCUCAGCCUCCAGUGACCCCGCCCUCCCAGGAGUCCACCCAGGAGCUGUGGGCCCGGGCCGUCCCCUCGGAGCGGCAGCAGACCCUCCGGGACUACAUGGCUGAGCUGCCGCUCCAGGGGGACGCCCCAGGGGGUGCCUCUGUGCCUUCCUCCCAGACCUCCAGUGUCCGGGCCACCCCCUCCCGGCAGCGGGCAGCCGUCCGCUCCGGCUCGCAGCCACACUGCAAGAAGCCCCGCAUGGGCUUCUGAGGCCCGGGGAGGCUGCCCCCCACCUCCAGGGAGCCCUUUGUCCUGGAUAAGCUGUGCCUUUUGUGGUUGAAAUGGGAAACAAAGAGAACAGUCGCCAGGGUGCAGACCUUCCUGCUUUCCGAAGGCCUUCGUGACUGCGGGAGACAUUCAGAAGCGAUUUGAAUCCACGUUGGAGGAAGAAGGACAACAAGGUAGUCGUUUCUCCUGCAGCUCGUGCUCCCAGGGGCACGUUGAGAAGUCAUGGGAGCCCCGUCCUGAAGGUCAGUGUCGCCGGGAUCCCCUCCAGCCGACAGUGUUGUGCUGGAAAGCAGGGGCUCCAGGCGGCCGAGGGCUCCGCCACGCACGGGCCCCUGGGGACGUGGCGGGUGAUGGUGAAGUGAGCUGCCCAGCCUGCCGGUGCUCCGCUGCUGGGUGUUGGCAGCUAGCUGCUUGUGGUUACGUGUGUGUGUGUGAAGCGGUUUCUAGCACCAUCUAACGUUUUAUAGAGGGAGGCACUUUGGACCCACGUUUAGGGGUUGAAUAAACUUGUCAGCUGAGCCUGGUUUUGAACGAUCAA